AUGAGUUAUUCUUGCGCGCCGGCACGAUUUAUCCGUGGCAAAGACGUUCUGCCAUCAGAUGCUGAUGCGUCUAAGAAAGAAAAAGACGUUCGACCACCAGAUAUUGGUACAUCUGAAACUCCCUUGCUAAGGGAACAGUCUACUGUUUCCAUGGAGGACGUUGAAGCUAUUGAGAUUCCUAAGCCAAGUAUUGAAGAAGUCGAGAAGUGGAAGCGAAAUGAUGUUAAAACUUUCUUGAACACAAUGAAAGAAAGUCUAGACCUUGACGACGAAGAUAUUCAGAAAAUCACGGAUCAAAAAGUUUCCGGUCAAGCCUUUCUUGAUUUGACACAAAAUGACCUUAUGAAUGUUGGAAUGUCUCUUGGACCUGCUAAAGCAAUAAUAAGGUUGGUUAAGGAAUUGAAGGGCGAAGAGCAAGAUGGUUAA